CCUGCAAAUAUUCUCUCUCAUAAAACAUUAACCCUGCAUAUUAUCAUGCAUGGCGUCUAAGUUAAUUCUGCUCUUUUAGCACAAUAUGACAAUGAAUGCAGUCUACCAUAGCGAUGUCACGAUCAGAGUGACAAUGCACUGUGCUUAGAUAAUCAUUAUUAAUACAGGUAAAUGGUGUUCCUGAGCCAUCCCAGCCACCGUUGCUCGUACUCUGCUAUCAGUCUAUUGUAGUAAUGCACACACAUCACAAUGCAUUAUGAUUUCUUUGAAAUUGGAUAGAGUUGUUCUCUACUGCAAAUAUGAAAUAGGGGAAUCUUUUGUUGGCGUCCAGCGGUGUGUAUCCCCAAAUAUUAUUCCCCGGUACCUGGUACAGUUCUCUCGACUCAUAUAGAUGCAGACAGACAAUGCUCUCCACCAUCAAUAAUCAUAUAGCUCGGUCAUAUUUUGUUCAGGAUUGUGGUGCGCUGCCGCAUUAAUUGGCAUCUACCUAAAGCUGUGUCGGUUACGAGGUGCAGAUCUUAUUCUUGAGAGAGGAUGGCAUCACUGUUGACCAUGAUGAAUAUCGCAAUCCGUAUCCUACUAACAGUAGGAGGACUACAUCUCAUUUACGCUGACGAGAUGUUUGUAUGCGACUACACGACUAAAGGUAUCUACAUUGCGUAUGUAUCCGAUGACAGUAGCUUCGAAGGGGCCAAAUUCUACUUGCUCCCUCUGGCAAAUGUAUCGACUCCCAUCGCUAUUCAGUAUGACUUACGAUAUCGGAUGUUGUACUGGACUGAUGUAGCUUUAGACGGUAUCUUUCGAUCAAAUAUCGAUGGAUCACAAAACGAACAGGUCGUAUCUGGUCUGAGUUCACCACAAGGUUUGGUGAUAGAUAUUGAUAACGAUCGCAUGUACUGGACCGAUUCCGGUACGGAUAGAGUGGAAACCGCCAAUUUAGACGGUUCAAACCGAACGGUUAUCGCAGAGACCGGACAUGAUAAACCGCGUGGCAUCGCACUAUCCGUGAGACAAAGACUGCUGUUUUGGAGUGACUGGGGCGAAAAUCCUAAAAUUGAGAGAGCGAACAUUGACGGGACGAAUCGGUCAGUCAUUGUCUCUCAAAAUCUCACUUGGCCGAACGGAGUCGCGAUCGAUGGCUCGGAUUCACGUUUGUACUGGUGUGAUGCCAGUGUUGACCAGAUCGAAUCUGUUCUUUUCGAUGGGAGCGAUCGUCGACUUCACAUCUAUACUUCCGCUGGUGUCGACAUCCAUCCAUUCGGUAUAGCACUCCGUGGAAGUGAUGAUGAUAUAUAUUUCACCGAUGCUAACUAUAAACGUGUGAUUGCGCUUGAUCGAUCGCAGAGCAAAUUUGAGUUUAUCGGUUCCUUUGAAGGCCCAGCUGGUAUCGUGAUUAAUCAAGAUCGUCAAGCUAGUGCUUGUGAAGCUGAUGGGACGGAACCAUGUUUUAAUGGAGUCUGCAAUGAUAACAAUGGUACAAUGGAAUGUCUCUGUUUCCCUGGCUACACCGGAGCGACAUGCUUAGAUGAGCUGAAUGAAUGCAAUUCGUCCCCGUGUCAUAACGGGACCUGUGUUAAUCUUAUCAAUGCCUUUACCUGUGAAUGUCCCCCUAGCCACGGUGGAAUCUUCUGCAAUGAAGAGAUCAAUCAAUGUGAACCGACUCCUUGUCUAAACGAUGCAACAUGUAUUGACGAUAUAUACGGUUACGAGUGCAUUUGUCCAGAGGGAUUCGAGGGAAUACACUGUGAAAUAUCUGAAGAUGACUGUAUCAGUAACCCAUGUGUGAACGGAAAUUGUGUGGACGGGCAUCGAAAAUACACAUGCAAUUGCCAAUCCGGAUAUGGAGGAAUUAAUUGUGAAACUGAUAUCAACGAGUGUGCUAGUAACCCAUGCUGGUAUGGAACCUGUGAGGAUUCAAUAGAUGAGUGGAGCUGCGAUUGCACUCCUGGCUAUGGAGGAAACAUAUGUGAAACAGAAAUCAACGAGUGUUCUAGUAAUCCCUGCCAGGACAACCAAGGCGUUUGUAUAGAUGGAGUCAAUGAAUUCACUUGUGAAUGCUUUCCUGGUUAUGAAGGAAUGCUGUGCGAAACAGAUAUCGAUGAGUGUUCAUCUAAUCCUUGCACGGAUGGACAGGGCUUUUGUCAAGACGAAAUCAAUAGAUACACCUGUCACUGUAUCCCAGGAUAUUUUGGAGUCAAUUGUGAAACAAAUAUUGACGAUUGUUCUGGUAAUCCUUGUCAAAACGGAGGAACAUGUAACGAUCUAGUAGGUGGCUACUCGUGUCUAUGCCCUGAGGGAUUCGUAGGAACAAACUGUGAACAAAGUAGUAAGGAAUGCAGCAGCAACCCAUGCAAUCAUGGUCAAUGUGUUGAACUUCAUAAUAGUUACACUUGUCGAUGCAAUGAGGGUUAUACUGGGUUUUCGUGCGACACAGAUAUAAACGAUUGUAGCAGCAGUAGCGUCGGCGUCGGCGAUUCACCAUGUGGCGAUAAUGGUGUGUGUGUUGAUGGGGUGAACUCAUACACAUGUAUCUGUAGUACUGGUUACACUGGAAGCAAUUGUCAUAUCAAGCUCAUGUGUACCCGUCCAAGCGAGGAACCAGAGGGAACAGUGUUCGACAGUCCAGAAAAUCUAUUCUAUUACGGCGACGCCUUGUCUGUUUCAUGUCGUGGUACAUCGGCAUCAACCCUUUGGAUCUGUCUCGGUUCAAAUAAUUGGAAGAAACACGAGCUUGUCUGUACCCCAGACUCAUCUAAACAGACCCUGGUUGUGAUUGCUGCAAUACUUGGUGUACUUCUCGCUUUCUCCAUUAUCGUGUGUGCUUUAGCCAUCAUAUGCCGUCAUCGAUCUGGUUCUGUGAAGAUGAAUAACUCUGGCUCCAAUUCAGUUCGAAUGACUGGUGGACAGGUUCAUUUUGAAGAUGGUGGGGUGAGCAAUCCAAGCUACAUGAAUUUCUCAACUGAUCCAAGCUACACUACAGCAGACACCUUACCAAGAAAGGAAGCCUUACCUGAAGGUGAUAGUGCAACCAAUGCCAAUCCUUCGGUCGGAACUGACGAUCAUUUCGUGGCAACGAUGGACGAAGUGCCUCUACAACCUCCUUCUUAUUCAACAAAUUGAGUUUCCCUUGGAUAAAUUCACGAAAAUCCUUUACCCAAUGUUUUUUUUUUACAAACCUCUAAUAUUCCCCUUGAAAUACGUUUUGCCGAAAAAUUAAACAUCCCCUUCCGAAAAGGAAUUACUCCAUUUGAAAUAGUCUUAUACUAAACUCUGUCACCUUUGCAGGGGCCACGCAGAUACAUGUAGGGAUGGGAGGGGGGUGGGUGGGCUUCAGCCCCCACUUUUUUCUAAAACGGUGUACAUAAACGUAUUAAUGACCAUCUUAUUGUGAUUUUUGCGUGGUCAGUCCCCCCCCCCACUUUUGUAUCAGCCCCCCCGGGUUUGAACAUGAUUUUUUUGAAAAAAAGAUACUUUGUGUGUUCCAAAACUUAACGCAAAUUAUUAACCGUUUGAAAAAGCCUUGUUCAAAUAUCUUAUCUCUAUUUCUAGUAACUUCCUUCCAAAUGAAGUCUUUGAUGUUCCCUACAUUAGUAACCUUUAAAUAGGCAUUUAUUUACUAUCAUUCCUUUUCAAUACCCUAUGAUUAUAUUCCUCCUAAGAUCAAAUUAUUUUCCUUAUUGUCCCCCAAUAAAAACGGUGGGUUAUUUCGAAAUUUAUACUUCAUUGUAAAGAAAGAAAAUGACACUUAACACUACUCUGUGACCAUAUCGAACUAUUUUUUUUAAAACAUCACUGUUCUGUGUCGAGUUUAAUGCAUUUGGAAUUGUUACGUUGAUAAUUUUCACCUCUUUUAUGAUUGUUUGUUUAAAGUUCUAGAAAAGUACACGAAAAACGUUACACCUAAAUGCACCCAUGAAACACAUCGCCCUAACAUUUUUGUUUUGAAUGGGCUCGAGAAAAAUCAGGAGGUAAUUUAAUAGCAUUUCGAAAGUUUCAUGAAACAUUCGGUUGUGUUUGGUCAAUGAGUAGCAUUCCUGGGGACGGGUAAAUGGGAAGUGUCACCCCUCGAAAAACGAAUUUUGUAGAGAGGGUCGUCUCCCAGCCCCCUUCUCCUAAAGGGUUUAUAAGAAACAGAUUAUUUCUUUUUAUCAUUUAAUUUCUGACUAUCUUGUUGUAUUUCUGUAUGCAUUAAAUAGUGGUAUUCUCAGAUUUUAUCAAUAUCUUUUUUUAAACACUUUCAAUUUCUUCACAUGUCUAAGAGUGUUUUUAUAUAAUAUUUUUUUUAGAAAUUUGAUGUAGAUUUAUUUCUUUUUAAAUUAUUGAUAUUUUCUGUAAUGUUGCUAUGAAUGAUUUUUAUAUUCAAUGGUGAAAUAUAAGAUGGAUUUAUUAAUCAGGGUUCGAACGUUUACACAGGGCACCACUGUAGCAGAGUGUUUUAAUAAGUGACAAUUCAAACAGGAAUGCAAUCAAAACACUUUCGUGAAAUCUAAAAUUGAAAUUUCCAUGACAAAAUAUUUUCUAUAGAUUAAAUUGCAUUUCAGAUAUAUAAAUGAAAUUAUGUUUGAGAUUUUAUUCAUAUACCUUAAGUACAUAUCAUAUUAACCAGUAAGUUCCGUAUAUUUUAACAAAUAUUAGAAGUCAUUCAUUUAUAAUUCCAUAUUAUGCCGAAAGUGCACUUAUUAUUUUUUAUAUAUCUUUUAGAAUUACAAGCGCCAGAAAAAAAUGUUAAUUUCCUGAAUAAAUAAUGAAGUAUGAUGUGAAUAUGUAAUCAUUUCAUUAUCCAUGUAGAAUAAUGGGAUCUUAAAUGGGAUUUGAUCUUGUUAGUAAUGAAAUAAGUUUAUUGCACUGAAAUGAUGUAAUAUUAGUAUACAAGUAUGAAAAAAUUUAGGAAGCAUACUAUUUUGAAUUAGUUAAUCAAUAUGUUGAACCACUUGAUGUUGAUAUAAACUCUUUAAAACUUAACUUCUUCACAACAUUUAGAACGAUUGGGCGUUUUCUCUUUUCUUUUUACAAAAUAUACAUGAGAACAUAGAGAAACAGCCUUAUUAAAUGAUCGAUGAAAUAUUUCAAUUUGAUUGAGCUACAUGGAUAAAUUCUAUCAUGUCUAUCGGGUGUCAAUCAUUUGUGCCUGUGCUAACGUUGCUAAGCAUUAUAUGUAGUCAUCUUUAUCAGAGCUUUAUACACAGAAAUAUUACGAGUGUGCAUUACUUUGUCAAAGAUUGGAUUUUGUAUUCAUACUAUAUAUAUAUAUAUAUAUAUAUAUAUAUAUAGGUAAGUAGGCCUGCUGAAAUAUAUCUUAUGGUACGUAAUACCAAACUGAAUACUUUAAAUAUAAGCACACUGAAAUAUAGUCACGUUGUAUCAAAUUUUAUAAUUAUAUUUAGCUUAAUUGUGUUUUUUUGUUUACUUUUAUCCUCCGAUCAGUACUGGGGCUGGUUACAGGAGGAGUUGCGAUUAAACUUAACUCACAAACCAAAACACUAUUAUGUUCAUCUGAUUGGUUGACAAUCAGGUCGCGUUUAUUUUAUGUAGUUAUGUUUAAUUACAUUUCUUCCUGUAACAGACCCCUCCUCGUUUACGAACGUUACGUUUAUAUUUUCUGUUUGUAUCAUAUCAAUAAAGAUUAAACUGCAGAUGUUUUUAUCA